GGGUUGACGAUGAUGACGAUUAUGAUGAUGAUGAAGGGCACCUCGUGAGCAGACCGUCGAAGAACAUCAGCAAGAGCAAGUCGUGUUUUCCAUGUCUUCUGCGAGCCGCUGAACGUUCUCGCACUCCAGUCGUCCUUCUGUAUCUUUUUUCUCCCGGAUUCAAAGGACUAACAGUCUGAAAGAAGACCGAGGGACAUCUCGCACGGGGCGCACAUCAGUGCCACUGGACCAGCAAACAGCGCACCGCGUCCCUGUCGAACUCCGCAUCUCAAUCUCAACAUGAUUUUCUUCGGGACUCUGCUUGUUCUUUUCUCCUACGGUGUGUUGCCUUUCCCAGUUCCCAAUGUGACUUUUGCUGCCUUCACAACUAACUGCGUUGAAGCUCAUCUGGAGUGUUCUAAGGACCCCCAAUGCAAAGACUUGUACGAGGGCUUGGAGUUGUGUACAGCCGAUACCUCUGUGGCACCAAUGGGGGAGCAGGCAGUGACCGAGUGCCUUCAACAACAAGAUGCUCUGCUGGCCAAACAGCCCUCUCUGUCGGCUUGCAAGUGCCAUCGUGGCUUUCGCAAGGAGGAGCAGUGCUUGCAAAUAUACUGGAGAGUACAUCUGCUGCAAGCGGAGGAUGAACUGGAAAUGUCUCCGUAUGACAACACACAAAUGGAUCCUCAUAUGGCUUCCUUAGUGGCAGCAUCAACAUUGUUGCAAGUGGACGUGGAAAACCAAUGCCUGAAAGCCGCUCAGGACUGUGGCCUGUUUGAGAAGUGUGGUGCUUUGCGAUCCGAGUAUGUUUUGGCCUGUACCAAGAAGGUACCAGGAAGCGAUCGAUGUAACCAGCACAAGUGUCACCGGGCGCUGCGGCGAUUCCUGCAGAGAGUACCGGAGGAAUACAGCUUCGGUGUCCUGUUCUGCCCCUGCACAAACACUCUGUGUGGCGAAAGGAGGAAGAAAACCAUCGUACCCUCUUGUGCCUAUGAGGAGAUGGACGACCUGCAACCCAACUGCCUCCACCUACAAAGCUUUUGCCGCAAGGAUGCCCUUUGCAGGUCAAGAUUAGCCGAUUUCCUUCAGAAUUGCCAGCCAUCACCAACAAGCAAUGGUUGUCUGAGAGACUCAGCAGGUCUCUGCCUCCGAGCCUAUGCAGGACUCAUCGGUACCAUCAUGACUCCAAACUACAUUGGGAAUGACUCUGCAGAUGUUUCACUGUCAUGCAACUGUAAAGGCAGCGGCAACCAGUGGCAGGAAUGUCUGAGAUUGCAGCGCAUGUUCACCCACAACACCUGCCUACGUAAUUCCAUCAAUUGGAUGGGGAACCCUGGCUCUCUGCCUAUAGAUUUAACACCCCCUCCUGCUCCUAGACCCUCCCCACUGGUUCAGGAAGAUGUCAUGCUGAGCAAAAACCAUCUACCAUCUGACCACCACAUUGUGGAGGAAGACGAGGACGAGGAUCGAUCCAAACAAAGAAAGGAGCAAGAUGAAGGAGGUCAAUUCGAUGUCAUCCCACAGUACUUAGAGAGGGCCACCGUCACCCACCUGGGACCCUCUGUCGCUGGGCUGGCUGUACCCGUUGUUGUUUCCUUUCAACUGCUCCUUCUGCUUGUUUGUGCUGCACUGAUUUGGUAACAGAGCAAAGAUUGAGGACUUGUUGAGAGGACAGAAGUCUACACUGAUACUGUAUUCAUGCGCUGGACAGGUAAAAAUGCUGGGUUGAUGAGUGUGAAGUGUACAGAACCCUUCACUACACGUGUGGAGAAUCACAUUGUCUUGUAUUCUUACCUCCAUGUUUAUUCUCAAGCAGCAUGAUCCGGUCAUUCCUCACAAGCCGUCUUACUGCCCAUUGUGCUCUCUGCUUGACAAAUACACACCUUACCACUGUAAGGAACAUUAAAAGCUUUGAAGAAACUUUGUCAAGUGUUAGCGCAAGAUGUUUCAUUGCUGAGAAAAAAUGCAUCAAGCGGCUGGUCAUUUCAGAUCGACUGUCCUCGAUCAGUUUUAUAGUGUGAUUGAUUGACGCAAAAAGAUACCAUUCCAGGGAGACAUCCUUUCCUUUCAUGGCUCCUGUGUGCGAUACUUUAAACCAAAAAAGCGCUUCACUCGAUCACGAUUUUUCAAAAAUAUAUAUUAAUUAAUAAAUCAUUGCUGUUUUGUGGUUGAAUGUGGUUUAUUUUUAGUCAAAACAUAUGCAUAUUUAAACUAAUUUUACAUAUUUCUUCCCCUAAAUUAACCAUAUUCAAACAUAAAAAUGGCUAAAUAAACUAAAACACAAAUAUAAGGCUUUCACUUAACAUGUUUGGGUCUGCAACAAGUUAACCGCGAUAAUUACUGUACUCAUUUUAUCAAGUUUAGCAUUCAAACAUAGGACUCAUUUAUUUCACAAGUAAGGAGUUCAUCAUAUGUCAAUGCUGUCCUAUUCCCUGCUUACACUGCAUCCCUUUUGUCCACUGGUGUAGAGUAAUACAGUGGAACCUCGGUUAGUGUACGCCCCGAUUAGCAAGUUUUUCGGUUAACUUCGAAAAUUUACGGCAACAUUUUGCCCCGGUUUGGGAUAAAGGAUGAACAUGGUAUCUUAGAACUAGGGUUGUGAACGUUAAACCGAUGCGACCCGAUAUCCGGUUUUACGAGUGAACGGUUCGGCUUCGACAUGCACUGGGUAUCCCGAGAGAACCAAUCGCUUGACAAAGUGUCUCGUAAACAACGUGUGAGCUUGGGUUGCCGGCGAAAGGAUUGUCUCGCAUGCUCCAUAGUUUGCCAUGACUGAAGACUAGAAUAGAAGUACAUAGUAGCAUGCGCGCUUGCUACUAGCUAGAAUCAAAUUGUCUAUCACUGAAAUUUACAUCCCUACGUAGAACAUGUGAAAGGAUCUCUUCCUAUGAAAUGGACGGCGAUAAUUAAUCAGCGUAGUGGUCUCAUUGCGACUUCCUCCUCCCAAUAAGCCUGUUUCUCUCUCCCUUGCAAGGUCCUUUCCAGUGUGCACGACAACCACAGGGGUACUGGUAUUUAUCUCUUUUAUGACUGUUUCAUUUCAUUCCUGCAUUUAAUGUUUUUAUUACUGUAUUUUAUAUGUCCUUCAUGUGUUGUGUACAGUAGGACUGACUUAGGAGUCCGUUUAGGUACAGUAUAAGCUCCUCCCAUCAGGCUUGGCUUGGUCUUAAUGAAAGCAAGCCCUUCAUGAGGCAAACCUCCAAAUUAUCCAGGUUUAGGACCGGCACUGGACAGCUCCAAUGGCAAGCGAUCGAACCCGCCCCUUCUGCAUAAAAGGCGUGUAUCACUAUAGUACAUCACCAGGGCGGCAUGUUGUUACUAUAAUACAGUACCUUCUUCUUGCAGUAAAUGACCUAACUGCAUAUAAUCAUAUUACAUUCACCCAUUUUCUUCCGCUUAUCUGAGUCCAAGUUGCAGGAGCAGCAGUCUCGGUAGGGAAGCUCACUCUUCCCGGUCUCCAGGGACUGCUUCCAGUUCUACCGGGGCGACGCCGAGGCGUUCCCAGGCUGUAAACGGUGUGGACGGGGCACUGCUUCCCCUUUCUGAGGUGUCAGAUGGUUUGCCAGACCCGGGUAUCCUUAUGUUCUAACAUGUUUGUUAUGGACAAGGGUUGGGGUUAGGUCUCCAGCGGGGAUGCUCGCCAGCACCCCCUGAUGAACCCCAAGAAAAAAAUGUACUCUGAACUGUCGUUUGGUGUGUAUCCACAAACGACAGUUGAGACCCUUUCCCCAACAUCAAGUUGUAGGUAAACAAUCUUCUCAUUUACUGGGGAUGACUCCAACACGUAGGCAUUGAGUCGGGGGCUAUUAGUAAACACUUGCCAGCUCGCCGUUUCUCCCCUGCGGCACCCCAGAGUAAAGCAAGGACUCUUUACCAUUGUGGAAAUGAAUUAAAGAUUAGUCCACUUGUACUUGAUGAAUUGCAGCCUUUGUUGACAGUUCUUUUUUUUUUUUAACAAAUCCAUCCUGUCUUUCUCUCUGCCUUUCUCCCAGCUUCUUAUGCACUGUGUCUCCUGAAUCGUUACUUCUUGUCGAG